UAUGACUGGCCAUAUCAAGUAAGAGAGCCAUAAGAAACUAGAACUCAAAUACCAAGAGUCGUUUUCUGUUCAGUUUCUGACGAAUAUCAAUGGCGUCACUUCAGUGCCAAAAGCCAGUUGCACAACAAACUGUCUGCCAGAAAACCACCAACACUGCCAAUUGCCACAAGGCGAAUGAGCACCACUCUUUGGCUGACAAAAUGAAAGAGAUGACAACCAAGAUGUUGCACCACGACAACCAUGGUCAGCAAUCUGCCUGCCAUGGCGCCAAAACUCAACAUUCAGCAGGCCAUGGAUCCACUGCUAUCCAUGGAAAUCAUGGUAGCCACGGCCAGCAGACUGCAUGCCAUGGCGCAAAAACUCAACAUUCAGCAGGCCAUGGCUCCACUGCUAUGCAUGGAAAUCAUGCUAAGGGACAGAACACUGCAUGCCAUGAUGCUAAAACUCAACAUUCAGCAGGCCAUGGCUCCACUGUUGGGCAUGGAAAUUAUGCUAAGGGCCAGAACACUGCAUGCCAUGGCACCAAAACUCAACAUUCAGCAAGCCAUGGAUCCACUGCUACUAAUGGAAAUCAUGCUAAGGGCCAGAUCACUGCAUGCCAUGGCGCCAAAACUCAACAUUCAACAGGCCAUGGCUCCACUGCUAUGCACGGAAGUCAUGGUAGCCACAACCAGCAGACUGUGUGCCAUGGCUCAAAGAAGGAAGGGGGCAUCAUGCAUAAGAUAGGUAGUCAGCUGAAGACCAUCAGGAAAAAGAAGAACAAAGAUGGACACUGCAGAGAUGGCAGUGACAGCAGCGACAGCAGCAGCAGCAGUGAUGAUGAGAGCGACAAUGAGAACGGUGGAAGGAAGAAGGUAUCAUCUAAAUAUAACCUAUUGUCUAUUAUUGCUUCUGUAUAAUCUGAUGGGCACUGACAAUAGAGAAGAAAAAAAAAAUAGAUUUCAAUGUUAAAUGCUCCCUCCGUUUUAAUUUGUUUGUCUGGUUUUGACUUGACAUAGAGUUUAAGAAAAUAAUGAAGACUUUUGAAUCUUGAGGUCUUAAGCUAAAGAUAUGUUGAAUGUACCAAAAUGCCCUUUAAUCUUGUGGUCUUAAAUAUGUUAUGUGGAAAGUUAGAAUUAUAGAGACCUUCUUUUUGCAACGGACUAAAAAGUAGAAUAAGACAAACAAAUUGAAACAAAGGGAGGGAGUAUUUCACAAAAUUGAUCUAAAACCUGGACAUCCACAAACUGUGAAAGGGAACAGAUCUUGAAUUAGUUAGUGUAACCCUUCACAAUACUCAGUUUCAUAAAGAUAGCAACUUUACUAGUUACCUAAUUUACCUUGAAGCCUAAAUUGUAAUUUUGCUUUUGCAGAAGGAGAGCUGCUGAAGAAGUAAGCUGCAACAAUCAAGUGAGUAAGAGACAGAAGCUAUACCACUAAUAAACUUCUGUUGCUCAAUAAUUAUGUACUUUAAUUAAAGGGUGCUUGCUAUGUGUGUGUCUCUCUGAAAGAGUCCGGUGUGCUGCAUGAAUAAAUGCAAAUACUUCUAUUGUACCUAUUACCUAUGGCCUUUCAAGUAAUGAAAUAAACUUGUGAGAUCA